CCUCUCCCCGUCGCGUCCCUCUCCCUGCCCCCCCCUUAGCUUCCUCAACCUCCAUCCAUCCAUCCAUCCCCGACGCGCUCUGCAUGGCUCCUCCACACACACCUCGACCUCCGGCACGCACCGCGCGCUGGUCACAUAAGUAUCUCCGCCUCCUACCCUUCCUUUCCUUUGCUCGCCAUACAUACACUACGUUUACCCAUGUACGUGUAACCUACUGGCUGUAUACGCCUCUGCUCUGGCACGACACGGCCAGCCAGCUGAGCUGAAGCCGGGGGUUGCGCGGGAGGAGCAUAUAACUAGCUGAGUGCCAUUAAUUGGAGCGCGCGUGAUGAACAACCAGUGCGUGCCGAGCUGGGAUCUGGAAGACACGGCCGGCCUCAACCAGCGUUCGGCAUCCGGGCCGGCGCACCAGCCACGCGGUUUGGCGGCGCCCGUGGUGGCCGUGCCGAUGCCGGAGCCGGACCAGUACGACGAGGUGGCGGAGCUGACGUGGGAGAAGGGCAACAUCUUCUGGCAGGGCCUGCUCAGCCGCCCGGCGCCCAUUAAGUACCCGCCUCCGUCGGCUGCGGCUCCGAUGCACGCCUCCCCCGGAGACCGCCGGGAACAGACGCUCGAGGCCGUGGUCGGCGAGGCGGCCGCGCGCUCCUCCUCGCACUCGCACCACCUCGCGCCUAACUGGCUCGCCGUCGGCGUGGAUCAGGUCGCCGCGGGCGUCGUGCCGUGCGCGGCGGGGGACGCCGACGAGGCGGAGGAGGACGCGCGGGUGAGGAAUGAUAACAAGCGCGCGCGGCGGCUGCAGGCGUGCGCCGCCAGCCAGGGGAGCGCCGCGGCGCCCGGCGCCGCCCGUGACAGCCCGACGCUGCUCACGAUGGAGCCCUGCGGCUUCACAGCGACCACGACCAACAACUCCACGUCGCUGGACCUGGACCACGGCUCGCCCGAGGAGACGACGGAAAACACCAGCUUCGGCGGCGGCGCCGCUAGCGACUCGCGCUACUUCAGCCGCCGGUCGCAGAGAGACGGGCUGUGCGACGAGGCGGAGACGGUCGUGAUCAAGGAGGAACCUCCCAUGAGGAUGAGGUCGUCCAUUUCCACCAAGAGGAGCCGGGCUGCUGCCAUCCAUAACGAAUCCGAGCGUAAACGAAGGGACAGGAUCAACCAGAAGAUGCAGACCCUGCAGAAGCUCGUCCCCAACUCAAGCAAGACGGACAAGGCGUCCAUGCUGGACGAGGUGAUCGAGCACCUGAAGCAGCUGCAGGCGCAGGUGCAGAUGAUGAGCCGGAUGGGCAGCAUGAUGAUGCCAAUGGGCAUGGCCAUGGCGCCGCCGCUGCAAAUGUCCGUCAUGGCCAACAUGGCCCAAAUGGCCCAGAUGGCUCAGAUGGGCCUGGGCAUGAUGAACAUGGCCGCACAGCCCGCCGCCUACCCAGGCCUCGCGUCGCCCAUGAACAUCAUGCAGCCGCCCAACCCUUUCGUCCCCAUCCAACCCUGGGACGCCGCCGGCGACCGGCAGAAGCAGCCCGCCGGAAUCGCCGCCGUGCCAGCCUACUCCGCGUUCCUCGCCUGCCAGGCGGCGGCGCAGCAGCAGCAGCAAGCGCAACCGAACGGCAUGGAGGCGUACAACAGGAUGGUCGCCAUGUACCAGAAACUCAGCCAGCAGCAGAGCCAACCAGGAAACUCCAAACAGUGAUCGUACAUCGUGUAGUACGGUCCCUACGGUCGUCGUACAGCAGCAGGGCCAACACAGGCCUUUCGAGACAAAAUCCGUCGAUACGAACGCACAUGGUACAUCGGUAUUUAAUUUUAUUAUUUUUUUGCCCUUUUUGACCUCUUCUAGUGUGUGUGUAUAAUCACACCGCUAGAUCGAUACGCUCCGUUUGUAUCAUCAACAUCAAGUAAUUGCACCAGAUUUGUACGUGAGGUCCGGUUAACCUCAUAGUAUGACUUUCUCCACGGCUGUUGUUGCUGCAGCCUGCA